AUUUAUGUUCAGUCGCUGCUGCUGAAAAUUAUUGUAUAUUUAGUUUUAACAUAUGAAUAGUGGUUUUUAAUUAUAUACGCAACUACUACGAAUAGAAAAUCUUGUAGUCUGUCUCAACGGUGGCGAUUGCGCGACGUACGACUCGGUGUUUGUUUGCCCCAGUGUGUUUUUCUAAUGUGCGCGUCGCUGUUGAGACCCAGAAAUAGAAAUUCUCUUGCCAAACCGAAACAGCACUUUUUGUAUUUUAUGUAUGUAUUUACAUAUGUAUAUUAAGUGAAAGCGCGUGCUUUAGUCAUAUUUAUGCGCGUGCCCAGCAAAAAAGUAAAACAUAACAAAUAAAAUAAGUGUGUGUGCUUGAGAGGGAGGGGAGGAGCAAAAGAGUCCCACCUCAUUACUCAUCCGUCUAUUUUAUGCGUGCAAAACGAACAACGAAAAAACAACAAUAACAACUGCAACAACGAUUACAUACAACGAACGACGACAAGCAGCAGCAGCAGCAGCAACAGCAACAGACGGUGCAACAAAUGUUUGUUAAAUUGCAACACAGUUGAAGUUGAAGCAAAACAGAGCAGAGUUUGAAAGGAGUCGGAGGAACUGGAGCCACAGUCAAUAUGGAUCAACCGUUGAUUGUGCGGGCCGAGUACUCGUUUAUGGGCAGCAACAACGAUGAGUUGUGCUUCCAGAAAGGUGACCUGAUAACGGUGACACAGCGCGAGGAUGGCGGCUGGUGGGAGGGUACAUUGAAUGAUAAGACUGGCUGGUUUCCCAGCAACUAUGUGAACGAGUACAAGGCCCAACUGCCACUCACAGAGACCAUACGACCGCCUGAGGAGAUUCAAGAGAAUCGUUCACUGGUGCUCAAGGAUCUGCUCGAUUCGGAGCGUGCCCAUGUCGCCGAGCUACAAGGUCUGCUCGAGAAUUUCCUGGAGCCCAUGCAACAGACGCAAAUACUCAGCCAGGAUGAGUAUGCGCAGCUCAUGUGCAACUUUGUGGAGGUGGUUCGCACCCAUGAGGAUCUUCUGACACAGAUCGAGGAGUGCAAUGAUCGUGUGGGUAAACUGUUGUUGGGCAGUGCACCGCUGAUGAAGAAGGUGCACCAAGCCUACUGUGCCGCUCAUCCCAAGGCCAUAGUCAUACUGGACAAAUACAAGGAUGAGCUGGAAAAGUAUAUGGAGCGUCAGGGUGCAGCUACGCCGGGUUUGCUGGUGCUUACAACAGGUCUCUCCAAGCCAUUUCGACGCCUCGACAAGUACUCAGCCAUGCUGCAGGAGCUGGAGCGGCACAUGGAGAGCUGUCAUCCGGAUCGUGGGGAUACACAGCGCAGUGUGGCCGUUUACAAGGAUAUUGCAGCGACUUGCUCGGCCACACGGCGUCAGAAGGAGCUGGAAUUGCAGGUGUUAACUGGUCCAGUGCGUAACUGGCAGGGUCAGGAGCUGAGCACACUGGGGGAUAUCAUACACAUGGGCAGUGUGGCUGUCGGCGCUGAUCAUCGGGAUCGCUACUUUGUACUCUUUCCACAAACGCUGCUCAUACUGAGCGUUAGCCAGCGCAUGAGUGCCUUUAUCUAUGAGGGUAAAUUACCACUGACGGGCAUCAUUGUGAAUCGCCUGGAGGACACGGAUGCCAUUAAAAAUGCCUUUGAGAUAAGCAGUCCGCUAAUUGAGCGCAUUGUGGCGGUCUGUCAGGGUCCCAAUGAGGCCAACAAAUGGGUGGAGCUGCUGAAUGCCAACAAUCCCAGUUUGCCCAUGGGCAUCAAGAGACAGCUGAGCAAUUUGAGCAACUCCUCGAUCGGUGGCCAAUUAAAUGCAGCGCAUCUCAGUCAGCAUCUGGACGCGCGUGGUUAUUGCACACGAUUCUCGCUGUGCGCCUACUACAAUCAGCAGCAUCCACAAUAUCCACAGCAUCCACAGCAGCAACAUCUUCCAACAUUUCGCAUCACAUUGCCGCCAAGUAAUUAUCCGCCCACAGCGCCAUAUGCGAAUCUCAGUGCACAUUUUGCUCGGCUCGUAAAGGCGGGUCGUCUGAGAACGGCCAUUGUGAAGAUGCUAUUGUAUCCACAGGCGCGUCAGAGCAUCGAUCUCAAGCGGAUUGCGUUGCGCAAGAAACGUUGCCACAAGGCAACCGCCAAGUUGCUCAAGGAUAUCAAUGCCAAUGUGGAGGAAACAACGGCAUCCUCACAAUCGGAACUGGAGCGUCAGGAUGCCUUUGAGUUGCCCACGGAUUCGGAGAGCUAUGAGGAUGACUAUGAUGACGAAUAUCUGCGUAGUUGCAAUUCGGAUCCAUUUGAAUAUGUGAAAUUUUAUCAGAAUCGUCCGGUGGAAUCCACAUGCAAUUCUACGGGCACUUUUGUGGAUCAUGGCACGCGGCAGCGUCACAGUUCAUCAAUAAAUCUAAUCAAGCUGGACUCCUUGGAUGCCGAUGAGCUGCUUGUGCAGCACGAGCUUAAAAAGGAAUCCCUUGUUAUUGGCUCCAGAGCAUUGCGUGCUUUGGCCAGAAAAUCAACAGAGAGAAACUCCAGUGUGCACACUUCGACAGCCACCAUUAAUCUGGGUGGUUCCAGCAUCACCAACUUUGUGGAGGAGGAUGAACUGGAGGAUGAGCUGCCUUCAGCAAUUGUCUACCAUCCAGCAACGUUGCAGCAACAAAGUUCCGAUGCCAGUUCCAUGUAUGGUGCACGUUUGGGUGGCGCUUUUAUGGCCUGCGAGAAUUUGGCCAAUAUGCACGAUGAUCUCAGUCUCGGUCACGUUCAUGGUGAGACGAAGGCAGUGAAGCAACCAGCUGCACCACAGCUGGCAGGUUCACCCACCGAGCGGCACAGCAUGCCCAGCAUAUUUGUGGGCAAUCGCUUCAAUCGUUGCGUGGAUACGGAGGUGUAUGUGCCCACCUGGCGUGAACGCCACGAGACGCAAAAUCAAAGUAUCGAUGCAAAGAUCUUAAACGAGCAGGAGGACUGUGUGCAUGCGAGUUCCAUGGAUUUGCCAGCUGCCUGUCGCACCGCGCCGGAUCAGCUGCAGGCGGAGCUGCUCUACAAUUUCGAGGAGGCAGUCGGACAGAAGCAGGAAGGGCAGCUAAGAGAGCAACGUGUGUCCCACAAAAGUGACAGUCCCUCCACGGGAAACGCACGAAAUGAACCCGCAAUACGCAGCAGUUCCAGCAACGAACUCUGCAUCGAGGCAAAGAGUGGGAAGCGACAGCCAACUGAAAACCAAAGGGAUUCCAUUAGACGCUGCAUAAGCUAUCAAUACCUGCAGAUGAAUAAUCGCCCGGCAGCUGCUCCGGCUCCUGCGCCACCUUCAAAUACCACGCCAGGCAAACGAGAUCAACUCCACAACGAUUGCAAGUGUCGCUGCUGUGAGAACUCACAGUGUCCGAGUCCACGUUCCAGCGAUAGCGGCAUGGCCGGCAGCUGCACCAUUGCCUCUCCAGAUCCACCCAAUCUCGAGUGUUGUGGUCACGAUGUGCUCGAUCAUGUGGAGCCGGAGCGACGUUUUGAUGUCUGCGGCAUGUUCCGGGAGAAGUUCUUGACGCCAGAAGCAACUCAAGAGGAGGUGGAAACGGAUCAAUCAAAGCCAUCUCCAUCCGAGCCAGUGGAGCCCGCCACGCCCACAAAUCCCACACAUUUCCAAAUCAAUACAAAAAGUAUUUUUCUGGCCUCCAGUUCAAUGGAUGAAACAACACGUGCCACGCCCAUUCAUGCCACAAACGAGCUGCUCUUCAGUGGCAGCUGCUCGGCGGACCAGUUGAAUGAGGAUUCCGGCCAGCCAAGGCCCACGUUCAGGUCGGGCAUGUAUGCCCAUUGGUGGAAAAAGGAGCGACUGCCUCCAGAGGUGCUACGCGGCAUUGCCAGUGCGUAUAAUAAACGUUUGCCGUCGACGAAAGCGAGCGGCAGCAAAGAUUCCAAUUGCUCGCUGGGAUCAAUCUGUUCCAGCUGCUAUUGUUCGCUGGGUGCGAGUGGAUUCAGUGAGGGUGCCAUCUACUGCUCCCUAUGCCACAAUUGUGCGGAAUCCACCGAGACAAGCACCACAAAUACAACCACCACAACAGCAUCCACCUGCUCCAAUUGUCCCAUAUGCAGUGGAGAUCUGGAGAACAUACGAAGACCAUCAGCUGCCGCUGUCUCAGCUGCUUUGCGUCUCUCGGCGGCACGUGAUGCAUUUGCGGCACAGACAUCUUAUUCCUCGUCGCUCGAUUGUCCCAUUUGUGCGGCACGCGUAGCUUUAGCAACCGAAGAAGAUGUCUCCGCCAUCGAGCCACAGUCUGUUGUUGCCGCCCGGCAGUCGCAAUCAGACGCCGCCAGUGCCGCCGCUCAGCAGCAAUCAGCAACAGCAACAGCUGGCGGGAACGACGCUUGUGAAUGCAGCUACUGCGAUGUCACAACACAAACGGAGCCUGUCGUUCAAUCAUCACCUCAGCUACAACCAAUACACGCACACUCAGCCUCCACAACAUCUACUGCAUCCACCACAACCACCAAGUCUACCAAGUCAUCUGGGGGCUCUAAGCCACAAAUCAAGUUUAGUCCCGACACCAAACAACAAGACAGCAGCGGUAGCAGCCACGGAAAGCAGCAGUCAGGCGGCAAUUCAGGCAGCGGUAGCAGCAGCAGCGGCGGCAUCGGUGGCAGCGGCGGCGCCAAACGCAAGGAAAGGAAGCACAAAGGCUAAUUGGACCAUCAGCUGUUUACGUCCCACACCGCCAUUGCGACCCAGUCUAUUAAAUGCGUCAAGUGGUUCUGGUUCCGGUUCCGGCGGCAGCUCUAACAAUGCCCUGUCCAGCUACUGCAGCGGUCGCAAAAAUCA